AUGAAUGACCUAAUAUUAGAAGAUGAUGAAGAGAAUGUGGAAGAAGAGGAAGAGAUGAAUAUUGAUGAUUUAGUUAGAAUGAAGGGUAUCUGGAAUUCAAUCAAAAUAUUGGCAAAUAGUAUCAAUCAAUUUCAUGAUCCUCUAUUCAUACCAUCGUCGGUAUUUGAAGAAACCAUCAAGGAGAUAUUGGAUUGCAUUGAUCAAAUAGAGGCAAACAAAGAACGAUUUCAUCAUAGAUAUUUAGAAUUGGAGACUGAAACGACUCUAUUCUCUAUUCUAUUUAGUUAUAUUGAUAGAGACAAGAUCAAUGCUGUUAGAGAUAGAAUAAUCAAACUUCUCACAUCAAAGAAUAGAGAAACAGAUAAAUUAAUAGAACAAGCAUAUGAAAUGCACUUUAUCGUUAGAAGACAUCAACAACAACUUAAAAAAUAUUAUAACUUGGUUGAACAAUCAAAAGGAAAAGACUAUUGUAAAGUUGAAAUGCCAAUAGUACCAUUAAUCAAUGUUUAUAAAAAGAAUGGAUAUGUAUCUGAUGAUAUUACAUUUAUCAAUGGUAAUCACGCAAGAUAUAUUUGUCCAAACAAAGAGUUGUUUAAAAUGUCGAUUGACAAACAUUUGAUAUCGAUAAAGUGUGAUGGACUACUCGACAAUAUAAAGUGGAGUGAUAAUAAUGGAACAGAGGUUUGGUUGGCUGGUGGUUGUCCAUUCUCAGCAUUAGAUAGAAAGUGGAUUGGUUGGUUGUCAAGAUACAAACACUUUUGCGAGGUGAGACGACUGGUCAACAAGUUUUCACUUCCAAUGAUGAUCAACAACACUAUCAAUCGUAUACUACGACCUUUUAUCGACCCUUUAUCCGGUACUGAUAUUCUCCCUAGGCAAAGUAAAGGUUUGGCACCAGACUUUACAAGAGAAGGAGGAAUAGUAGAAGUACACACAGUCAGAGACUAUGACUUUUUCAUCAUCUGCAAAAAUGUUAGCGAUGGACAAAGAAAAGUAGUAGAGUUGACCAAACAAAUAUAUGAUUAUUUGGUAAAACUAGGACACAUAGAUAUUACAAUCAAACGUACAUGUAAUACAUUUACAAUUGGUCCAUUUACAAUCAUCCUUCCAUUAUUCCAUUCACUCGAAGAAUUAUUAGUUGGAUUUGAUUUGGAUUGUUGUUGUGUUGCAUAUAAUGGUCAAGAUGUAUAUGUUCAUCCAAGAGCAUUACAAUCAUAUGCAACUAGAACAAACUCUGUUCCUAAUCUACCUCGAUCACUUCAAGCCAGUGUGCCAUCGGAACGUGUUUUAAAGUAUGUCUACAGAGGUAUCCAACCACAGUAUCUCUACAUUCAUUGUAAACAUAUAUUUUGCAAAUCAAUCACUCUUCCCAACCGAAAAGAUACCACUCACCUUUGUUACAGUUCGACCAAUCUCUGUCAAGAGAUGGAAAAGAUAUCCAUUUCACAAUUAGAGUCUAGUCUUGGAAAAGGGACAAACAUUGCAAUCCCUACCAUUUCACUUAGGAAUAAUUGUUUCUGGGCAAGUUUACAGGGUGCCAAUUUGUUGUGCAUGUCAUCACAUCACCACAAACAUUGUAGUGGGUGUGGUCAGCCACUUCAAAAGUCUGCACUGGGUAUCUGCUCCUAUUGCGACAUGCCAACAUUUAAAAAGAUUUCAUUGACCGAAUCCAAAACAAUAGUUAUUUGUGGACGUAACCUUGGUCGAUUUCUCAAUAGAUUCGAGUUUCUAGGUGAUCAUGUUACUUUUGUAACAGUCUAUCCAUUCGCUCUCUAUCGUAAAUUAUAUCAAAUGUCUCAAGCCAAAUUGAUAGACUUGAAUAAUUGUUCCAUCUUGCCAAUCACUCAUUUUAAUGAUUCAGAAUUUCAAAGAUUAGUCAAUCAAAUUAUGUCCAACUCGAUCCCAUCCCAACAUCAGAAUGACCAACCACUUUAUAUUGGCCAGAUUAUCAACCUCUUGUUUGAUGAAAAUAGAUUCAUUGAUUACUACCAUGACAACUCUGGAAAUUUAUUUAAUGAUAUAUAUACCCAAUUGGAGAUCCGAAACAUAAUUUCUGAAGAAGAAAUUAAAACAAAUCUAUCAAACAGUGUUAUCUCUCAAUUCAUGUCAAUAGGACAACAACAAGCCGACAUGACAAAAGAAAGUCCAAAAAAGAAAGAAAAGAGAUAUUUAGAUUAUAUGGAGAAAUCCAACAUUGUAGAAACCAUCAAACAAGACUUACAAUCCUACACCUCUUUUAUCAAAUCUCUUACUGACCUUCAAAAUGUUACUUUUAAACAACUCUCUUUUAUCAAAGGACUUUUACAAAAUUCAGACCAAUCAGAUGUUGUCAAUAUUUUAAAUCAUCUUCCAGGAGAUGAUUCAUCCUAUUCUUUUCAGUCCUCUCCCUCAUCUUUAAACGAAUCAUCAUGUGUCGCAACCGUUUCAUCAUUGGUCGAGUGA